UCCAGUCAGUUUAUUUGGUCGGCCGAAACUUACUCAUGGUGCCUCGUGGUCUCCGUGAUGCUGCAGUCUAGGUCCAUCGGUCCAUCAUGCCAUGAGCUGGACAACACGAUCCGUGUUGGAAUGGGCUCAUGUCGUGGCGGAUUUGAUUUCUCAUUACUCCUCGAAGAAACAAUUCUGACUCUCCUUCCCAUUGCUUUGAUCUUGAUUCUGGGACCGCUGCGGAUAUGGCAGCUCUCACGGCAACAAUGCAAAGUCAAAAGAUCGUGGUUACUUCCAUCCAAGCUUGUGACCUGGCUCCUCUAUAUGGGCCUGGCAAUUGCACAAACAGUGCUCUGGGCAACACCAGAGGCAGACCGCACCAAGGCAUCGCUUGCCACUUACAUUGUUCUCACAAUUGGAACGCUGAUGCUCUUGUUUCUUUCGUACAUUGAGCACUCUCGAUCUGCCAGGCCGUCCUUCAUCUUGAACGCUUAUCUACUCUGCACGUUGAUUUUCGACGGCGCAAGGACUCGAACUUUGUGGCUUCGUGCUGAUAAUGGACUGGGCAACAAGAUUGCCGUAGUCGCUUCGGUAGCUUUGUGUAUCAAAUCGAUCCUCUUACUCCUGGAGACUAUGGAGAAACGACGAAUUCUGAAGGAGCAAUUCACAGGACAUCCUCCAGAAGCUACAGCAGGUCUCUUCAAUCGCUUCUUUUUCGUGUGGCUGAACCCUCUGUUCAUGAAAGGAUUCAGUAAUCUUUUAACAGUUGAUGACCUUUUCGUCACUGAUAAAGAGCUGAGCUCUGAGACAUUGCUGGCAAAGUUUGAGCGGAGAUGGAACAAAGUUCAAACAAAGUCGACCCAUACGCUACAACUUGAGGCGUUUAAGGCCGUCAAGGCACCACUUCUGACUGCCAUUCCAGCCCGAGCCUGCUUGGUGGCUUUCAACUUCUGCCAACCUUUACUCCUCACACGCUCGUUAUCCUUCUUCAACAGUCCCGUCAAUGAUACAACGAACAAUGUCGGCUACGGGUUGAUUGGUGCCUAUUUCCUGGUAUACACUGGCUUGGCCGUCUCGAUGGGACAAUACCAACACAAUACUUACCGAGGUAUCACCAUGGUCCGUGGCAUUCUCAUCACCAUGCUCUACAAAAAGUCCAGUCGCUUGGAUCUCAACGAAGUCGACCCUAAGAAUGCCUUGACCUUGAUGAGUGCAGACAUUGAACGUAUCACUCAGGGCUGGCAAACCAUGCACGAGAUCUGGGGCAACUCCGCAGAGAUCGCGCUUGCAAUUUACCUCCUGGAGCGUCAGCUUGGUGUUUCUUGCUUUGUGCCUGUUUGUGUAGCUCUUGUGGCUCUGGUGGGAUCCCUCGUGGGAAUGUCCUUCGUCGUACCCCGUCAGGCUCAGUGGCUCCAGGCAAUCGAGAGACGUAUCUCAUCCACAUCUGAGAUGCUGGGCUCUAUGAAAGGGGUCAAAAUGCUCGGUCUUCAAGACCUAUACAUGAAGAUUGUCCAUGGACUGCGCGUUGAUGAGUUGAACAUUUCCAAAAGGUUCCGGACUCUCCUCGUCUACAACAUGGGAUUCGCCUGGCUCACUCGCAUCUUCGCCCCCGUGUUGACGUUCGCUGUCUACAUUGGCCUUUCUAGUUCAACCCUGGAUGUUUCUCGUGUCUUCACCUCACUUUCGCUUUUCGCUCUUCUUUCUGAUCCACUCUUGACCCUUGUCAUGGCCCUCAUGUCUUUCGCGGGGUCUGUGGGAUCAUUUGUCCGAAUCCAGGAGUUCCUCGAAAAAGAGGACCACAUUGAUCACCGUGGAGGCGCUCAGCAAGCAAGUUCCUUUGAACUCGUUCACAAAGAGAAGGUACUCUCUGCGUAUGGAGAACUUGAUCUUUCUUCGAGCAGCUUCGGCUCGGCGGAGUCGUUGACGUACCGGUCAUCUUCCUUGUCCUCCAUCAAUGCCGCAGUCAUCCAGAACGGAACCUUCAGCUGGGACCGGGAUCACCAGCCCAUUUUGACCGACAUCAGCAUUUCAGCCCCUCGUGGUGGGCUCACCAUGGUUGUUGGGCCCUCAGGCUGUGGAAAGUCAACUCUUUUGAAAGCAAUACUAGGGGAGAUCUACUGUGUCUCAGGCAAAGUCGAGUUGAACGCUCCCAGUGUGGCGUUCUGCGACCAGUCUCCUUGGCACAUGAACGGGACCAUCAAGCAUAGUAUUGUGUCAAUGUCCGAUUACCAGCCCGACUGGUAUUCCAUCGUGGUCAAGGCCUGUGCAUUGGACGAGGACUUUUGGCAUUUCCCUCGCGGCGAUCAGAGCUUCAUUGGAAGCAAAGGAGUCGCUCUCAGUGGUGGGCAGAGCCAACGUAUAGCGCUAGCCCGUGCAGUCUAUGCCCGGCGAAGGAUCAUUGUCAUCGACGACGCUCUCAGUGGCCUCGACGCUACAACUGAAAAUCAUAUAUUCCACAGCUUGUUUGGAACCAUGGGCCUCUUACGGGAAAUUGGUACAUCUGUGAUCAUGGCAUCUUCCUCGGUCAAACGACUACCAUAUGCCGAUCAUAUUGCUGUCAUAGAUCCGACUGGACGUGUGAAAGAGCAGGGCCACUUCGACGAAUUGAACAAUAUGGGCGGGUAUGUCUCCAGUUUCGAUCUACCUAUGCCGGACUGGGACUACAAGCCCAGAGCCAUCUCGGCGUCCGUUGCCGAUAGCACGAAGACACCGACUAUCGAAGGCAAGGAGCCAUCGGCCAUGGAAUUCGAGAGUCGGGGCAGUGGUGGGGAUCUUACGAUCUACACCUAUUACGUCGAUGCAAUCGGGAAAUUGCCGGCCAUUUGCUUCAUGCUAGCUAUGGCUGUCUUUGUGUUCUGCAUCUCUUUCCCUAGUAUCUGGAUGAAGUGGUGGGCCGUGUCCGACACCCAGUCGCCAAGACAAGAAGCUGGGAAGUAUCUUGGUGUCUAUGCCAUGCUUGGCUGCAUUGCGAUGACUUCUCUGAUCCUGGGAUGCUGGCAGAUGGUAAUCACCAUGGUUCCCAGAUCUGGUGAGACAUUUCACAGGAAACUCCUGCAGACCGUCCUUGCCGCUCCGAUGUUCUUUUUCUCCACAACGGACGUGGGUUCAAUCCUGAAUCGGUUCAGCCAGGACUUGCAGUUGAUCGACAUGGAACUACCCAUUGCCGCCAUCAACACCGUCGUGACCGUGUUCCUCUGUCUUGCGCAGAUGAUACUGAUCGGCAUCAGCUCCAAGUAUGCAGCUAUUUCCUUCCCAUUUGUUCUGGGCCUUCUUUUCAUUAUUCAGAAAAUCUACUUGCGCACCUCUCGCCAAAUCAGGUUCUUGGAUCUUGAAGCCAAAGCACCCUUAUACUCCAAUUUCACCGACUGCCUUCAGGGCUUGGUCACUCUUCGAGCCUUUGGCUGGCAACAUGCCAUGGAAAAGAAGAACAUUGAGCUUCUGGAUUAUUCCCAGCGGCCCUUCUACCUUAUGUUCGCCAUCCAAAGAUGGCUCACUCUAUCAUUGGAUCUUGUGGUCGCUGGAAUUGCAGUGCUUCUCAUGAUCUUGGUUGUUUCUCUCCGAGGUACUAGUCUGGGUGCGGGAUCAAUCGGUGUGGCUCUUCUGAAUGUGAUCCAAUUCAGCCAAAGUAUCAAGCUCAUGGUGACGUUCUGGACCAACUUGGAGACCCAUGUUGGGUCCGUCGUCCGCAUCAAGGAUUUCACGCAGCAUGUCUCGUCUGAGGACCAGCCUGGCGAGGACCAACUGAUCGCUUCAAGCUGGCCGUCCAAAGGAGCGGUGUCUUUUCAGUCAGUCUCCGCGGCGUAUAGACCUAAUGAGCCCGUUUUGAGGGAUAUCUCCCUGUCGGUGGAAGGGGGAGAGAAGAUUGGAAUAUGUGGACGAACUGGAAGUGGAAAAACAUCCAUGAUCAUGAGUAUCUUCCGUAUGCUGGAUUUGACCCAGGGGACGAUUUACAUUGACGGAGUCGACGUAUCUACUCUGUCUCGACGCGAUAUCCGCUCUCAUAUCAACGGUGUCUCACAAGAUUCGUUGUCCUUCAAGGGUAGCGUACGUGUCAAUGUCGAUCCAACGGGAUCGCGCAAUGACGCCGAUAUCCGUGACUCCCUUCGAAGCGUACAGCUGCUUGACUUGAUCCUCGAAAAAGGUGGUCUGGACUCGGAUCUCGCCGAGAUUCACCUUUCUCACGGUCAAAUGCAGCUUUUCUCUCUCGCUCGUGCCAUUCUCCGCCCGGGCAACAUCCUCAUCCUGGAUGAGGCCACAAGCAAUAUCGAUUCAAGGACAGAUGAAAUCAUGCAGCGCGUCAUUCGCGAGAAGUUCUUCGGCCAUACCAUCAUUUCCGUCGCGCACAAACUCGAUACCAUCCUGGACUUUGACCGCGUUGUGUUGUUGGAUGCUGGUCGCAUUAUUGAAACGGGAGAGCCUUACCAACUACUCAGGAAACCUGACUCUCACUUUGCUCAACUAUAUGCGAACUCGACUACCAAUGAGGACACCGACUAA